AUUUUGCUUCUCGCAAUCAGGCUCCGAUCAUUGUCUCCCGAAUCGUUCACCGUCACUCUCUCCCCCGCGAAUCUCACCUCUCCACGAAACCCUAACUCGCUGUGUUUCGAGCUCGUCCUUCUUUCGGAGCAUUCGUUUAUAAGCGUGACGGCGAGUUAGUUUCCGGAUCGGGAUUGAUAUUUUUUGAGUUUCGGCGCUGCGAUGAAUAUGCAACCUGGUUAUGCGUCUAAGUCUUCAACAAAUGGAUCUCAAUACAUGAGAGGUGAAAGAGAGGGAGUUUCGAAUAAGGCGAAGUCUACAAAGUCACAUCCCGCUAAUACACUAAAUGCAGUAUCCAAUGGGGAAGCUGGGAGUUUAAAGGGGCAUCUAGGCGAUGGUUUAGUGUACCUCACAACAUGUAAGAUUGGGCAUACUGUGGAAGUGCAUUUAAAAAACGGAUCGGUUUAUAGUGGGAUAUUCCAUGCUGCUGAUGUGGAGAAGGAUUUUGGAAUCAUUCUAAAGAUGGCAUCCAUGAUUAAAGAUGGUGGUGUACGAGGGCAUAAAUCCCGUCCCGAGUUUGUCAGAAAGCCACCUUCCAAGACAUUAAUUAUUCCUGCUAAUGAACUUGUGCAAGUUAUAGCUAAGGAUCUCUCCAUAUCCAGUGACGGUAUGUCGAAUGCCGUUCAGAGUGAGAAGCCAGGGGAGCUGUUGACGGACUCUUCUAUAUCAAAAUCGUUUCUUGUUGACCAGGGAAGAGAGCUUCAACCCUGGAUACCUGAUGGGGAUGUUCCUCAGGGUCUGGAUAAUGUGUUUGAUGAUCCUUGGAAAAGGGGUAGGGGAUGGGAUCAGUUUAAGGUGAAUGAGUCACUGUUUGGAGUGAAGAGCACUUUCGAUGAGGAAAUCUAUACAACAAAACUUGACAGAGGUAUUCGGACUAGAGAGCUGGAAGAGAGAGCCCAGAGGAUUGCGAGAGAGAUUGAGGGUGAAAAUACCCGAGAUCUUCAUGUAGCAGAGGAAAGAGGCUUUCAGCUUAAUGGGAAAUUUGAUAUUGACGAGGAAUCUAAAUACUCAGCUGUCCUUCCUGUUGAUUCAUUUGAUGAUAGUGGGUUUGAUGAGGAGGACGACAAAUCGCUGGACACUUGCAAUGAUGAGACAUUUGGUGGUCCAUCUACUUCUACUGUCCAGAAGCCAGCUUCUUUUAGUGGGCAGAAGCCAACUUCUUCUAGUGGCAAGGGAUAUGAAGAAUUAAGGGAUGCCAGUCAGCCUUCUCGGAAUAAUACAAAUGUAGAUCAAAGCUGCUCAAAAUCUGAUGACCACGCUCAGCACCAUUCUUCUGAACAGCGAUCCAAAGAUUUUCCUGCUCCAGGCAGCAGUAUCAGUGAGAGUCAGUUGGGUGAGCGAAGAAACAAGAAUAAUUCAGAGUUUUCACACAGUAACAAAUCAGCUGAGGAAUCAGUUUCUGGUCAUGGAGAUACCAAAGAAGGUGCGAAACUUGGUGGUAGUGGUGGAACCUCGGCGUGGAAGACUGUAGCUGAGAAAGAAAAGCAAGUCGGUGAAGUUUCUGGUAAACCAAAAUCUGAAAGCUUUGCUGGGCAGUCGGCUUCUAGAAGAAGCUCAGAAAGCCGCCCAGCUCCUUCGACAUCAAGUCGUCCUGGACUAUCACCAAGCUCGUCAAUUGGUUCUUUGUCAUCCUCAGAAAAGUCCACUCUCAAUCCGAAUGCAAAGGAAUUCAAACUGAAUCCAAACGCAAAGAGUUUCAAACCAACAGCUGCUGCGAGGCCUCAAUCUCCAAUGGCAGAUACCUCAUUCUACUACCCUGCUGCACCUGCACCUGUUCAGCAGAUGCCUGGAAUGCCUCUUGGUUACGGAAUUCAACCGCAAUAUCCAGGACAGCAGCAGAUGAUUUAUUAUCCUGGCCACCAGCAUCCUCAAGCCUUUUAUCCUCCAAAUGCACAACCCCAGUAUCCGCAGCAGCAGCAGCCAAUGAUGCUUGGUCGUCAGCCUAGGCCACAAAUGGUUUACAUGCCACCUCCUCCGUUUCAGCAGGAAAAUCCAUAUAAUCAAGGACGAGAGUAAUAUUACCCGAUGGUGAUGAUGUUGUCUUUUUUUUUUGUUUGUUUGGGAAGGAUGUGAACGAACCAACCCUCUGUUUUGGCUUACGUUCUCUUCCUUGGCCAAUUACUGGAACUUUUUUCUCCUUUUUAAGAUUCCUGGUCGGAUUUUUAUCUCAUUUUAGAAAAACAAAAAAAAAGACUAUCUGUUUGUAAUGUAUUGUAUUCUGAGGAUAUACAUAUUUUAGAGUUUAGGUCUUUCUCUUGUGUCAUCACUGAGUCGUUCGCAUUUUUGUCUGUGUUUGUGUGCUUUUUUUUUUGUUUGAUACGCUUGUUGCUUGUUCAAUUUCUAGGUGAACUUUAGUUUCUAAAAUCAAAUACUUGUGAUUGGUUUAAAAGGAAAAAAAAGAUACAUACGAAGAAUUUAA